AUGGCAUCAUCAAGUGGUGAAAAGAAGGGAAAGUACCCUCCUUUACUGUAUCCGCCUGGAAAAUCUCCUCUCUUGAAGAGGAGCAUCCACCAUAAUUGCACUUUGGCGAGUUUUGGAUUCAUGAAAGAUUGCAUUGGUGAAGAUGUUUACAAAGACAUCCGGGAUCAUACACAAGUAGGAGUUUUAUUGAGUCUUGCUGAUUCUGACUAUGUGUGGUGGGCUAAGCUUGUGCAUUACAUCCUCACACGCCAGUUGGCUAUAGAGAGGAGGUAUGAGAUUUGGUCAUUGAUUGAAGGCUGUCCGAUUAUGUUCUCUCUAUAUGAGUAUGAAGACAUUUCUCGUCUGAACUGUCAGCCCAUAGUUGAGGAUGAUAUUGUGGAAGUAGAUCACAGAGAAUUUUGGGCAGAGUUAAAAGUGGAUAGUGGUUUAGGGCCUAACUGGUAUGACUUGGAUGAAGCCUUGAAGAAUUGCAGAACAUGGACUCCUGACAAGAGAAAGAUGUUGGGACUGUUUUUGGUUGUUCAUGUUGGCAUAUUGGGACUCCCGAGGGGCAGUACGAUUCCACUGGAGUAUGCAAAAAGAGUUUUAUAUAUUGCAGCAUUUGACAGAUUUCCAUGUGGCGGGGUGGGAUUUAUGGAGCUACUCCAGUCCAUUAAAGUGCUGUCCUUUAAGAAAGAGAGUUGUGCAAUCCAUGGAUGUGUUCAUGUUCUCAUGAUAUGGGCAUUUGACUGUUUGAAACAUCUAGGGAAAACCUAUGGGAAUAAAAAGAAGUUUGAUGAAGACUUUGCUGCGGCUGAUGAUGUGCCUCCACUACUUAUGUGGAGUGGAAAACGUCCAAGAAUUGACAUUGCAGAAUUCUUUGCCACAGAGAAACUUGUGAAGAAAAAGAUUGUAGCUGAACAUGUCUCCUGGCGAGAAGAAGACGAUAUAUUCCCUUUCUGGCCUGAUGAGGUAGCUGUCUACGGGGAAUCAUGUGGCUCUAACAAACUCCUCGACAAUCUGCUGCAUGACAUAUUCCUAGAACGUGUUGAUGAGAGACAAUGGGAUGUUCCAUGUACUGAGGUUGGAGGACAGAAGAAGAUGGAGAAGAAUAAGCAGAUCAUUGACUCUGAUGAUGUUGGAGGACAUAAGAAGAUGGAGAAGAGGAAGCAGAUCAUAGAUUCUGAUGAUGUUGGAGUACAGAAGAAGAUGGAGAAGAGGAAGCAGCUCAUGGAUUUUGAAGAUGAAGUUGAUCCUCCUCCACAGAAGAAACAGAGUUUUAGACGGUCUAAAGGGCCAGUUAAGUUGGUAAAACCUAGUGACGAAAGUGGAGAGGAGAGCUCGGGGUCUGAGAGGGCAGAGAAAGGAUCACUGGAAGGAUUAAUGAAGUUGCUGGGAAGUUUGACAGGGAAGGUUGAUUCAAUGCAUGCUAACUUGGGAGGUCAGAUGGAAAAGAUUGGGAACCAAGUUAAUGUGAUUGAGAAGAAAGUGACAGUCCUUGAGACUAAUGUGUGCGAGUUGAAGAAAGAUAAAGGAGAAGUAGGUGAUAAGAAAGGGAAGGGUGUGAAGAUUGGUACUGAAGUGAAGAUAGGGGGUGGUGCGAAUGAUGAGGAGUCCAAAACUGGAGAUGAUGGUGGUUCUGGAGCCAACGCUGAGUCUUGGAGAUUAGAGACGAAGCAAACAUCGCAGGACGAGUUCCCUAUUUCUUGUGUUGUAAGGAAUCCAACAACUCGAUUAAGAUUGUCUGUCAAGAAAGUCAGAGAAGUUCAAUCAGGAGGGAAGGAAAUGAAUCAAGCAGUUGGAGUUGGAGCUAAAGAACUUAAGGAACCAAGAUCUGCUCCUGAGAAGAAGAGGAGUGAAACUGCUAAACAACUUAAGGAACCAUGA